UGAAACAAUACCCACUUUUAUAGUAGCUGCUGCCGUUGCUCUAGUUGGAGGAAUACCUCUAAAAUACCUUUCACUGCUCAUCCUAGUGGUGCAGAACAGCGCGUUGAUUCUGGUCAUGCGGUAUACUCGGGCCAGUGUCCCUGAAGACGAACGAUACCUUGCUUCAACUGCAGUCAUCAUGAGCGAGGUUAUAAAGACACUGGUUUGUCUCGGUGUACUGUAUGGCGUACCACCGCCUCAUCGACGCUCAGCCUCUCGACUUUCUACGUUAUUACAUCACGAACUGAUUGUCAAAUGGCGAGAAUCAAGUAAGCUGGCGUUCCCUGCAGUACUGUAUCUGAUACAGAAUAAUUUGCAAUAUGUUGCAGCUACGAAUCUUGAUGCAGCCACAUUCCAGGUGACAUAUCAGCUCAAAAUCCUCACGACGGCGUUCUUCAGCGUAAUGAUCUUGCACAAGCCUUUGACACGGCUCAAAUGGGCCGCACUUGCGCUCUUGACUGUCGGAAUUGCAUUGGUCGUCGUGCCCAAGGAUGCGGUAUCGCUGACGGGCAUUGCCAACUACUUUUCCUCGUCGUCGCAGGUCGUAUCAUCCUCGGUCACCGAAGAGAGUCUCGGCAAUCAAUCCAACGCACAAGGUUUCUUUGCAGUGUUGAUGGCCUGUGUCUUGUCUGGACUAGCAGGCGUUUACUUUGAAAAGAUCUUAAAGGCGCCGUCCAAACCAGCACAGCAAGAGGCAGCAAAUACAGACGUCGAGGGCAAAGUGAUUGUGGUGGAUGACGUGUUUCAAGAGGACUAUGCACAGAGCCAAUUGUGGGUUCGCAACAUCCAGAUGUCAUUCUUCUCGGUCCUGUUGGGCUUGGUCUUUGUGGUCUUGCUGCAGGAUGGCACGACGAUUGCCGAAAAGGGAUUCUUUGUCAACUACAACACGUUGACAUGGUGUGUGAUCGGUAUCCAGGCGUUCGGCGGGUUGAUCGUCGCACUGGUCGUCAAGUACGCCGACAACAUCCUUAAGGGCUUUGCAACGAGUAUCAGCAUCAUUUUGUCGAGCUUAUUAAGUGUUUGGCUGUUCAACUUCUCCAUCACCGGCACCUUUCUGCUCGGCGCCACUUUUGUCAUCUAUGCCACCUAUCUCUACGGCUUGUAAUACCCAAAACCCUCCCUCCAUCUCCUUCCCCUCUCAACAAAAACGCAUCUUUUUUCGAAGCCUCUCUUCCCCUUUUGUGUUUUCUUUUUGUGUGUUAUUGUUCC